AUGUUUCAUUGCAUUAUUACCGAUCAACUAAGUAGCUUGUAUUUUAAGAAAUCGCUGUUCCAACCUCUCCAUGUAAGUAGUGUCAUCAGUCUUUCUAGCCAUUUUGACACAUUUCAGAAUGGAUCAGUUCCGCCGUCAUAUAGCCCCUACGCGAGUGGCGUCCCAGUCCGCCAUGACCGACCUCCAGUGUCGGCUCCUCCACCACCACCUCCGCAUCCACCUCCUAGUAGUUUUGGAUACGAGCAACCAUCCUACAAUCCGAUGUGGUUUGAUCGGUUCCCACGGAAGGAAAAUCGCGGGAUAUUUCGAUUAUGCCUUGUGGAACUGAUGUUAGCAGCUGUGAUUCUGGCAGGAGGUGUUUGGUGCUAUCGUGACACUUCUGAGUACUGUCCUUACUAUUCCGCUAUAUGGACAUCGGUCAUCUAUGUCGCGAAUUCUUUGGUCGGAAGUGCGGCUGCCAAAAUAGGCACGGUGAAUCUGUACAUGGCUCAUCUAGUGCUGUCGUUGGUGUCGGUAAUGAUGUGCUUCGUCAGCGGAGGAAUCAGUGCCCGGAACUGGUUUCUUGUCGGCACUUACCAUCACCCCACUAUCGAACGCGACGAGGCAUUCUGCUUGCUUGGCCAAUACGAUACCACAAGGAUCUCAUACAUCUUCUCCCAUAUGAAUGAAUACGAUUUUGCAAAGUGUUUAUGGCAACUGAAAGUAGGCGUGGCUGUGAAUUCGGUGCAGUUCGUCGUCGCCACUAUAGAAGGUUCGUUACUAAAACAUGAAUUGACUCAAAUUUUCGGUUCUUAUAAGGACUGA